CGCCGGCGGAAUGCUCACCUAUCCGGGCGAUCCUCGGGGCAAUCCGCCGCAGCACUUGGCGCUACCACCCCUCUCUACGUCCGCUGCGCCCUUCACUGUGUCCGGAUCCCAUCCCGCAGGCCCAACAUUCCCCAACCCUAGCUUUGCUGUCCCCGCCGCCCCUUCCCUCAACGCGGCCGGCGAGUGGGGGGAUCCGUCGUUGAUGGAAGCCCGCGCGAGUUUCAUGGCCCCGGGCGCCGCCGCUGCUGCCUCACUAGGGUAUACUGGUGAAGUUUUUGAUAGUGCCCCAUAUGGCAUAUACUCUGAGUAUCACUUCGGUAACUUUGUUGACCCGCAUCCCUUAAGAGCAGAGAACUCAGAGUUGAUAAGUGAGAAGCGCCCAGGAACUUGUGGAGAAACUUCAGAGGCUCUUGGACUAUCAUCUCGCUGUCAGCAACAGAGUGCCUUCUCGAGUAUAUUACUCGAUGGUAUUGGUUCUGAAAGUGUAGGAUGUUUUUAUCCACGACCUGUUCCAAAUCAGGAUCCUUCAGUCUCUGCAUCAAGUCUCAUCAGUGGUGCUCCUGCGGUUCCUGCUAAGAGUCUAACAAGUGAAGGGGUACUUGGAAAUAAUUCUUCUCAAGCAGCAGAGGCAGAAAAAACUGCAGACACUCAAACACUUGCAGAAGAAGGUCAAGAACACUCUCACUGCCAUCCAGAUGCUGAGCGGAACAUGUUGCAGAUGUCUGACUCCAGCUCUAGGAAUCGAGCAAUAUUUCUAGAGCUAAUGCACAAUUUGUCAGCAGUUCUUCUAUCUACUUGCAAUGAUGGUUCUUCAUUACAUGAAUAUGAAAAAGAAAAUCUGAAAUCAAUUAUUCGGAAUCUGAAAGCUGUUAGUUCCAAAGGAGGCAAGGCUACAUUAAAAGGCGAUGAUUGUUUGAGAAACUCCAGUCAACUGAGUUGCUUGAGGAAUAAUUUCUCAGUGGCAAUCCCUGAACACUCGGUGUCAACGAACACGGAUUCAGAAUUUAAUGCCUAUUUUUCACAGGCUUUUCCUAAGCUCCCAGAAGAUAAGAUGCUUGAUGAUUCUGAAGUUUCUCAAGUGUCAAUCUACAAAAAAUUGUGGAUUGAAGCAGAAGCUUCAGUGUGUAAACUCAAAUAUGAGCUUCAGGUUACCCGUAUGAAGCUUGCAGCAAACAAAGGCCACAACACAGAAACAGAAGGUGAUAAGGCCCCUGGAUUACCUGUAUGUGGUGGCAAACCAUAUAGUCAUGCCGAAGCAAGCAGUGCCUGUCCUGGUCGUGCGCCACUGCCACCUCCUAUAUUGUCUCCAAGGUCCAUUAUCGCUACAAAAAAGAGCAUCGUGAAUGAGGUUGAUGACACAGUGGAUGGAAUGUUUGCUCGACUGAAAGUUCUAGAGUCCCGCCUUGACACUUUAAGCUCUUUGGGUGAGAACAAGUAUGAGGAGCAACAAAGAGAGAGUGAUGGGUCAUAUGCAGUUGAUGAUGCUGUUUUGGCAAGGUUACGGAUUUUGAAGUCCUGUGCUGAUAAUAUAACCUGCUUGGGUCUGGAAAGCAGCAAGCAACAGAGAGAUGCAGGCACAAAUAUGUCAGGUGAGAUUGAUGAUGCAGGUGCUGAAGUGUGUACUCGCUUGGAAGUGCUAGAGCGGAAUUUAAGGUCAUUGGGUGAUAACAAGUGUGAGGAGCAGCAAAAAGAAAGCAAGGCAUCAUCUUCAGUUGGAGAUCGUCUUUUAGCGAGGCUACAAAUUUUGAAGUCUCGUGCUGAUAAUAUACUCUCUUUGGGUCUGGAAAGCAGCAAACAGCAGCUAAAUGCAAGCAUGGACAUAGCAGAUGAGGUUGAUGAUGCUGUUAUGGCUAGGCUUAGAGUUCUGAAGUCCCGUCCUGAUUUGGAAGCAUCCUCAAUUGCUGGGAACGUGGAAUGUGUUGAGGAGCACCCUUGUACUGUAGGGCUGCAGGUCCCUAGCUGUCAGCCACCUCCAUCACCUGCUGCAGUGUUAGAGAAAAUAACAUUGCCAUCGGCGAGCGAGCCACUAGAGAUAACUGGAGAGACUCCAGCGAUCCCGACCUUUCCGUCUAUCGAAGUACCGCUUUUGUCUACGCAUAAAGGUACACCUUCACAGCUUGAGAAAGAUCAUUCAGGGUUGGCAGACGAUGCCCUGCCUCCGCCGGCGCCAUUGUUAAGUGUGCCCCAGGAAGUCGGGGGGUUGGCACAUAAGAUUGCAAAGGUUAAGCGCCUUCCGCGUUUCCGGCUACCUUCCAACAUCAAAAUAAAACGUCCCAUCUCGGAUCAGGGGGCACGUGCUAUAUUGCUUAGGAAGCUGGGCAUGGUAAAAGACGAUGAAGUGGAUGAACAUGCCAUAAACAGGUGUGUGGAGAUCUUGCAGGUUUCGUUUCCUAAAAGCUUGAUCCAGGCUAUUUUCUGCGGUAAAGACUUGGUGAAGGGCACUCCUGGUGAGCUGUGGGGUAUCUCGGCCUCUGACGUCGUCUUCUAAUUUCCGCUUCCCUGUUUGUGGCGCAACCGUGCAAACUAGGGGCCUUUGUAAGCCUCUUCCUCAGUGACGCCUCGCUAGGUGUGUUAUUAUUAUAGUGGUGUAUCUGUGUGGUUUAAAGCAGUGCAUCCCGAUGUGUAAGAUAGUUUUGUCGUAAACCAAAAACUUCUUGGCUUUCAACUGUAGGGGGCUCCCAUCUUUGCAGUGCAGUGUUUCAAGAAUUGCCCUU